AUGGUUUAUUCUGACCCCGAUAUCACAUUUCGGGAUUUUAUAUCACAAGUCGGGCUUCUACAUCACAAUUCAGAGCCCGAUAUCACAUUUCAGAGGCCGACGAGAGUGUCGGCCGACAUUUGUCGGGAAGAUAAUGUUCCAGGCCCUACUGGCGAGCAACUUGCUGCUAAGUAG